AUGGCUAAGAUUAGCACCCAGUACUCUCACUCCUCCAGGAACCACCUUACGGUCAGGGCAAAGGACACAGAUCUUGACCACCUUGAAAAUGGCUUCAACAGGACCCACCGGCCAUGUGAGGAGACAGUGUCAGGACUGCAGCACGGGAUCGCCAUGGAGACCAGAGGACUGGCCGGAUCCAGGCAAAGCUCCUUCACUGGCCCAGGGCCUGCCAGGUUGUCACGCCUCAUCAUCUCCCUGCGCUCCUGGGCUGCCAGGCACGUACACCGCGAGGACCAGAGACCGGACUCUUUUCUGGAGCGUUUCCGUGAAGCUGAGCUCAAGGAAGUGUCCAGCCAAGAAAACAAUGGCCGGUCAAACAUGGACAGCCAGGAGCCACCAGAUAGGCAGAGAAGAAAGCCCAGUGAAAAGAAGGAUGCCAUGGUGGUGGACCCCUCCAGCAACGUGUACUACCGCUGGCUGACCAUCGUUUCCAUACCUGUCUUCUACAACUGGUGUCUGCUCGUGUGCAGGGCCUGUUUUGAUGAGCUGCAGUCUGAGCACCUGGUGCUCUGGCUGGUCCUGGACUACGCUGCAGAUGUCCUCUAUGCCCUGGAUAUGCUGGUGCGAGCCCGGACAGGCUUCCUCGAGCAAGGCUUGAUGGUCAAGGAUGUGGAAAGGCUGUGGAAGCAUUACACAAACAGCUUGCACUUCAAGCUGGAUGCACUGUCCCUGGCCCCCACGGACCUGGCUUAUUUAAAGCUGGGCAUGAACUAUCCCGAACUGAGGUUCAACCGGCUGCUGAAGUUUGCCCGACUCUUUGAAUUCUUCGACCGGACAGAGACGAGGACCAACUACCCAAAUGUGUUCAGGAUUGGGAACCUGGUCUUGUACAUCCUCAUCAUCAUCCACUGGAAUGCUUGCAUCUACUUUGCCAUUUCCAAGUUCAUUGGUUUUGGGACAGAUUCCUGGGUUUACCCAAAUAUCUCCAACCCAGAGUAUGGGCGCCUCUCCAGGAAGUACAUUUAUAGUUUCUAUUGGUCCACCUUGACCCUGACCACUAUCGGAGAAACCCCACCCCCUGUGAAAGACGGGGAGUAUCUCUUUGUGGUCAUAGACUUUCUGGUGGGUGUGCUAAUUUUCGCCACCAUUGUGGGCAACGUGGGCUCCAUGAUCUCAAACAUGAAUGCCUCUCGGGCAGAGUUCCAGGCCAAGAUUGAUUCCAUCAAGCAGUAUAUGCAGUUCCGCAAGGUGACCAAGGACUUGGAGACACGGGUUAUUCGGUGGUUUGACUACCUGUGGGCCAACAGGAAGACAGUGGAUGAGAAGGAGGUGCUCAAGAACCUUCCAGAUAAGCUGAAAGCCGAGAUCGCCAUCAAUGUGCACCUGGACACCCUGAAGAAGGUCCGAAUCUUCCAGGACUGUGAGGCAGGGCUGCUGGUGGAGCUGGUACUGAAGCUGCGGCCCGCGGUGUUCAGCCCGGGGGACUAUAUCUGCAAGAAGGGGGACAUCGGUAGGGAGAUGUACAUCAUCAAGGAGGGCAGGCUGGCUGUGGUGGCCGACGAUGGGAUCACCCAGUUUGUGGUCCUCAGUGAUGGGAGUUACUUUGGGGAGAUCAGCAUUUUAAACAUCAAGGGGAGCAAGUCCGGGAACCGCAGGACGGCCAACAUCAGGAGCAUUGGCUACUCGGACUUGUUCUGCCUUUCCAAGGAUGAUCUGAUGGAGGCGCUCACCGAAUACCCGGAUGCCAAGAAGGCCCUGGAGGAGAAGGGACGGCAGAUCCUGAUGAAGGACAACCUGAUUGAUGAGGACCUGGAGAAGGCUGGGGCAGACCCCAAGGACAUUGAGGAGAAGGUGGAGCACCUGGAGUCUUCCCUGGACACCCUGCAGACCAGGUUUGCACGGCUUCUGGCUGAGUACAGUGCCACCCAGAUGAAAGUGAAGCAGCGUCUCAGCCAACUGGAAAGCCAGGUGAAGAUCUGUGGGAGCAGCCACCAGUCUGAUGGGGAUGCCCCUGAGGAGGCCUCGAGAGCAGAGGCCAAAGAGCAGUGA